CUCGCUCUCUCUCUCUUCGAGUCUUCGUUUUAUUUUCUGUGCGGACUAGAACACAGACACGUUCUCCUUAUUUCUCUCUCUCUCUCUGGCUCUCGCAUCAUGCACACAUGACCGAGCCAAAGCCCUAAACAAGAGAGACAACUACUUUUCUUUCUAAUGCUCUGAACUUGACAUUUGAAUCCCAAGACUGGCAAACAAUAAUGGAGAAGAUGCGAAUUUUUAGUCAUCGCCGAUUGUUCGGUUCAGUUUACAAGGCGGCCUUCAGGUCCUACGUUACCAGCUGCCGAGCCGUGCUGUUGCCGCGGUUUGGUGGUCCUGAGGUGCUUCAGCUUCAUCCUAAUGUCCCUGUUCCUGAUCUCAAGCCCAAUGAGGUCCUCGUCCGCGCUCGAGCUGUCUCUAUCAAUCCCUUAGAUACUCGAAUGCGAUCAGGUUAUGGACGAUCCAUUUUUGAACCACUUUUGCCAAUAAUUUUGGGUCGUGAUAUCAGUGGUGAGGUUGCAGCUGUUGGAGCUUCAGUGCGAUCAUUGAGUGUGGGACAGGAGGUCUUUGGUGCAUUGCAUCCAACUGCCAUAAGGGGAACAUACACUGACUAUGCAAUUCUCUCGGAUGAAGAGGUUACAGUAAAACCAAGUUCUCUUUCGCAUGUGGAAGCAAGUGCCAUUCCUUUUGCUGCGUUGACAGCUUGGCGUGCUCUUAAAAGUACUGCCAGGAUAAGUGAGGGACAAAGGAUAUUAGUGGCGGGUGGUGGAGGAGCAGUUGGGUUUGCGGCAAUUCAGCUUGCAGUAGCUGCUGGUUGCCAUGUUGCAACUACUUGUGGAAGCGAAAGCGUUGAUCGAAUGUUAAAUGCUGGUGCAGAGCAGGCUGUGGACUAUGUUGCUGAGGAUGUUGAGUUGGCUAUAAAGGGAAAGUUUGAUGCUGUUUUGGACACUAUUGGUGUACCAGAGACAGAAAGAUAUGGCAUAAACUUUCUGAAGAGAGGUGGGCACUACAUGACACUUCAGGGCGAGGCAGCGUCAUUGGCAGAUAGAUAUGGACUGGCUGUUGGGCUUCCUAUAGCUACAGCUGUUCAGUUGAAAAAACAGAUUCAAUACAGAUACUCUCAUGGAAUAGAAUAUUCAUGGACAUACAUGAGGGCAGACUUUGAAGGUUUAAUUGAGAUACGGAAGCUAUGUGAAGCUGGGAGGCUGAAGAUACCUGUGGAUAAAACAUUUCCCAUCACACAAGUGAAAGAUGCUCAUGAGGCAAAAGACAAGAAGAUCAUUCCUGGUAAAGUAGUGUUAGAACUUAGUUGAAGUCCUCAGCAUCAUGACUUCAUGAGCAUUGCUUCAACCAGAAUCCUCCUUUUUCCCUCACUCUUUCGUCUCCCCUUCCAAAAAAGUUGUUCAUUUUUUUUUUUCCUGGUUCUUUCUGUAUGAUAUAAAGUGGAAGUUUUGUAAAUCUGAUUCAUAAUAUCCAAUCAUAAAUCUGUAUAUUGGUUGAGAAAGCUAUGUGAUGGGGACUUCCUUGUA